AUGGCUUCCAUCACAUCUAUUGUCAAGACAGCUGAUUGGAUCUUGUCGAGACCAACUUUGGCAAAGGUUGUCGUUCCUGUUGCUAAAACUUUCUGUGCCUACGCUGGAUACAGAGAGAUGGGUUUGAAAUUCAACGAUUUGCUUUUGGAAGAAACUCCAGUUGCUCAGAAAGCCCUUUCCAGAUUACCAGAUGAUGUCACCUACGCUAGAAACUACAGAAUGAUUACUGCCCAUCAGUUAGCUUUGUCCCAUCAAUUGUUGCCUCCAAGCAAAGCUCUCAAGCCAGAAGAGGACACACACUACUUAAUUCCUUACCUCUUGGAGGCUGAGAAGGAAGCAUUCGAGAAAGCCGAGUUGGACAACAUUGAGGUCUAA